ACAGGUGCGUUGCGGGAGCCGGAGCACUGAGGAGCCGUAGCGGGGAGGACUGCAGAAUUUGAAGCUGCGGUUGAGCCAGGGGAACUUCAGGAUCUUGAAACAAGAUGGACCCAGCUCCGUUUAGCAGGCGACAAUGGACUUCACAGUCUUUGAGGAUCACUGCCAAAGAACUUUCUCUUGUCAAUAAGAACAAGUCAUCUGCUAUUGUAGAAAUAUUCUCCAAGUACCAGAAAGCAGCCGAAGAAGCAAAUACAGAUAAGAAGAGAAAUAACACUGAGAACUUUCCCCAGCAUUUUAGAAAGGGAACUCUCAGUAUAUUAAAGAAGAAGUGGGAGAAUCCAGAGCUGAGAACGGAACCUCAGACAGAAUCUCUACGGAAUAGCAGUGCUGAGGUGAAAUCGAAGGUCGACCAUCUCUGUGUUCCACUAGAAAAUAACAUUUCUUCAGUAGCUGAAACUACCCAAGCAGAAGGGAUUGAUACCAGAUCUAGACUUCAGUCCCCUUCAGAAGCUCUUAUCCAAGCUCAGUUUCCCAACAAUCACAGUGAAGAGUUUAAAAUCCAUUCACUAGAGAUUGGCAAAAUGGAAAACUGCCUGAGAGAAUCCAAGCAAGAAAUAGGAAAAUCUGAAGCCAAUGAGAAUCCGGACGCUACAGGCAAAAUAGAGAAAUAUAACGUCCCACUCAACAGACUUAAAAUGAUGUUUGAGAAGGGUGAUACAGCGCAGACAAAGAUUCUUUGGGACCAAAGCAGAAGUGCAGGUGGAAGAAGGAUCUCUGAAAACUGCCUUUCUCUGGAAGACUUGGAAACUGGUCCUGGCCAGUUGUCAUCUUCUGCAUUUGGUUCAGAGAAAAGUGAAAGUAAAAAAAGUCUAGAGAUUCCUCGCCUUUCUGAAACAUCGGUAAAAGACAGGAUGGCCAAAUAUCAGGCAGCUGUGUCCAAACAAGGCAAUUCCACAAUAUACAAUAUGAAUGAGCUAAGGAAUACUGGUAAUGAAAUAAAAACACAUAAAUUGGAGCAAAAAGAGAAUGUUCCCCCAGGUCUUGAAGACUGUAUCUCCCAUCAAGAAGGAGAGAAGAUUCCAGCAACUGAAAACAACCUGACAUUCCAUUCCAACAUUUCUGAAGAUGGCUCCCGUAAAUCCCAGAGUGAAAGUGAAAUCCAAAAGCUUGUUCAUCUCAAACCACAAAGUCCUGACUCCAGAGCUGCUAGCUAUACAGAAAAUUCUCUACCUAAAACAACAAAGAAAUUCCAGCUGCCUGCAAAAGAGACCUGUGUUGAAUGUCAAAAAACAGUGUACCCAAUGGAACGCCUCUUGGCCAACCAGCAGGUGUUUCACAUCAGCUGUUUCCGUUGUUUCUAUUGCAACAGCAAACUCAGUCUAGGAACAUAUGCAUCCUUACAUGGGAGAAUUUAUUGCAAGCCUCACUUCAAUCAGCUAUUUAAAUCUAAAGGCAAUUAUGAUGAAGGCUUUGGACAUAAACCACACAAAGAUCUUUGGGCAAGCAAAAAUGAAACUGAAGAGUCCCUGGAGAGACCGGCCCAGAUUAUGAGUUCAACUGAGAGUCCCCAGAACCCAGGAAUUGAGGAUGCUCCCAUUGCUAAGGUGGGUGUAUUGACUGCUAGUAUGGAAGCCAAGGCCUCAUCUCAACCAGAAAAAGAAGAUAAACCAGCUGAAACAAAGAAGUUGAGGAUUGCUUGGCCACCUCCAACAGAACUUGGUAGUUCAGGAAGUAUUUUGGAAGAAGGAAUCAAAAUGUUGAAGCCCAAAUGGCCUCCUGAGGAUGAGAUCAGCAAGUCAGAUAUUCCAGAAGAUGUGGACCUGGAUUUGAAAAAGCUAAGAAGAUCAUCUUCCCUGAAAGAAAGAAGUCGCCCAUUCACAGUAGCAGCAUCAUUUCGAGCUACAUCUGUCAAACGCCCAAAAGCCUUGUCUCCUCCUAGAAGAAGAGACUGGAGCAUGCAAGAACAGAGUGAGAACCUUGAGGAGAAAACAGUGACAGAAAGAAAACACAUAAUGAAAAGCAAAGUCAAGGAGAAUGGGAAUGUGGAGAAAACAGACUGGAAGAACAAAGAAUCUAUAGAAGAGAGGAGAAGGAAAAGCUGGGAAAGUUCUGAUAUCGAGGAAAGGGGUGAUGGCUUUGUAGAGAAUGGUCAAGUGGUAGGUGCAGAUGGAUGUGAAAAUGGAAAGAUAGAACAUCAGUCCUUACUAAAACCAAAGGCUCUGAAUUGUUCCAACUAUGUGGGUAAUAGAUCCAUCAAGGAAUUUGUGACUUCUCAGAAUCAGAAAUCUCAAGAUGUGGGAUUCUGGGAAGAAGAAAUAGAAGAGCUGUCAGUGGAAGAGCAAAUAAAAAGGAAUCGAUGCUAUGAUGAUGAUGAUGAUGAUGAUGAUGAUGAUGAUGAUGAUGAUGAUGAAGAAGAAGAAGAAGAUGAAAAACAAACUGGCCUUUAACUAAAAAAUUUGCAAAGGUGCUAGCCCUUAAAUUUGGGGAUAGUUUUAGUAAGCAGCUGCUAUCUGUGGAAGUGAUGCUUUAACUGCACAUCAAGAGAUACCUUAGAACUAUAAUUUAUAUGGAAGUAAAUUUGGUGUGAAAAUGCAUUGGAUGGCAUUUCCAGCUUACACAGUACCUCUUCUUAAAUUAUUAGCCUAGGCAGGGUUGUCCUGCUUCAGAUAAACCCCAAAUUGCUAUCCAAAUGAAAAUAAAUGCAAGAAAUCUUGUUACUUAAAUCUUUUGAUUUUAGGCAAAGAUGAUUCAUGCUUAAUUAAGUCCUUUGAAGUUGAAGUCUUGUACAUUCAAAGACAAAAAUUACACUAAGUGAUUCUCUUCAGGAUUUUCUUGUGUUCUCUCAAAACAGGGUUAUAGCCAGAUUUCAGUGAUGCUGUUAUUACUACAAAUACCACCAUGGACUAGGGACCAGUUCAGAAGGGACUUAGAGAUCUAACAAUUAUGAUUGAAUGCACUUUAGUAUAAAGGGCAAAAAUAGUAUUUUUCUAAUGAAAAAUUUAAUUGCUUAGUAUUCAUCCAAGUGAUCAAAUUCUUAGUUUCUUUAAAAAUAAACUUUUUCUUUAAAUCAGUAAAAAAAAAAAUUAUUGUUUUGCAUCCUCCAAACUACAUUCUAUAAUGAUAUUGGUAGGGUAUAAAACAACAAGAAUUUUUGUUUGAGUAUCUUUUGAGGGAAUUGACAUUCAUCCUUUGGCAACAGUGAUUGGGGGGAUGAAGGGGUUGGAGGUGUCAAGCUAUCACCCGAAUAAAAUACAGCAUUUGCCAAGGAAUUUGACAUCUUUGCAAGAAACUGUGCAGUGUCCUUUUUCUGUAGUAUUCGUGUUCCCUGUAAUGUACUUAAUGUGAUAGCAUUCUUGAGACUUUAAAAACCUGUACUUCUCUUCACCAGAGACUUUUAAACACCUAAUUAGCUCUGAAAUGUAUCGAUUAUGUUAAAAACAAUAUUCCCAGUAUAAAACUACACCAACUUUGUCCUUUCUCUUGGAACUUGUUUCUAGUGUUAAGAUUUCUGAAUACUUCAAAUGUAAUUACAUUUAUUUUACAUAAUUUAUAUUCUAGUUUGGGGGAGGGGAGGGUUUAAACUGUAGGCUCUUUUGUAUCUUUAGAAAUUUAGCUCUGAUAUUUUUAGAGUUGUAAAAUAUCCUUCUUUCUUAUCAAUAUCGCUCAUAAUGAUACAUUUUUAUCCAAUAAAGCUUUCCAUUUACAUUUAA